AUGGAUUUCAAGGUACUCUCACAAGUUUACGUGGAAGCGGCCCGAGUAUGCGACUCCCUGGAUGUGCGAGUAAUCAUCGAUGAAGCCGAUCCGAGGAAGCAUUACGAUACAGUUAUCAGUGAAGAUGAGGCAGUGCUGGGCGAUGUACGAAAGACUGAAAAGCGCUAUACUGCGGUUGUGCUCGGCGGAACAUUCGAUCGUCUACACAACGGCCACAAAGUGCUCCUUUCACGAGCCGUUAUGGCAGCUUCAGAACGCGUCGUCUGUGGUGUCACGUUUGGCGACAUGCUGCAAAAAAAAAUCUUAUGGGAGCUGAUAGAGCCAUUGGAAAGCCGGCUAAAAGCUGUACAAGAAUUUGUGGAAGAUGUCAGCUGUAGCGUGCGAUGUGAAGUGCAUCCGAUUUCGGACGCGUUCGGACCAUCCAUUGUUGAUCCUCAUUUGCAAGCAAUCAUUGUGAGCAAAGAAACAGUAAAAGGAGGUAUUGCAGAAAGGAAUCUUCCGAUCCUGGAUUUGAUAACAAUAAGUACAAUUGGCGGCAAAGAUGAAAUACUGAAAGAAACUAAGUUAAGCUCGUCAACACGACGUCAUGCCCUGUUGGGGACGUUUCUGAAGCCGUUGAAGCUCGAGAGGUUCCCGCGACCUUUUGUAAUCGGUUUAACUGGUGGUAUUGCAUCCGGGAAGACGAGUGCCGCAAAAUUUCUUGCUCAAAAUAAUUGUGAGGUAAUCGACUGUGAUAAAUUAGCUCAUGAACUGUACAGAAAAGGCACCGAUAUGGCAUCGAAAAUUGCGGAAACAUUCGGCGCGAAUGUUAUGCUGGAUGGUGUGGUGGACCGGAAGGCACUCGGACGAAUCGUUUUUGCCGAUAAGGAAAAGCUGAAGAUGUUAAACAAAAUAGUAUGGCCUUCAUUGCGCGCUGAAGUGAGGAAACGGAUCGCACAGAGCCAAGCAGAAUAUGUUGUUGUGGAUGCGGAGAUACUUCUGCAAGCGGGCUGGGACAAGGACGAUACGGUGCAUCAGGUCUGGAGCUGCAUCGUACCACAAUGUGUUGCCAAAGAGAGAAUUGUGGAACGGGAUCAUAUUUCGUUGGAGGAGGUCAGUUUCUACAACUUUUGA